AAUAUCACCUGGCAUCCCUGGGACCGCCUGAUUUGAAUUUGUAAACGGCUUAUUUAUUUUUAAUUAGACGGUGUCGAAUAUUCCGAUUUACAGGUAUUUUUAAAGUCAAGCCACAAAAUAGUAAAUUUGCAUAAUAAAAGAUUUUCUGGAACAAUUUACGAAAAAUGGAGAGCCACAUCGAUACUUCCAAUACGGCUGAUGGUGAAAUCAGAGAGGCUCUUGCGGGCAUUCUCUUAAAAAACGAAGGAAAUGCAACAAUUUCGGUUGAAAUCGAGUGUGAGCUCAAACAUGGCAAAGACAUCCGCUGCUGUACUGAGGAGCCCAGACAAAUGAAUAUACUGGAUCUGAAUAACGAUUGUUUGGAACUUAUUUUCGUGCAAUUUGAGUUAAAACAGCUAAUUGCGUUGGCGAAAACAUGCACUCGUUUCAGAGCAAUCGCCGGGAACGUUAUCAAACGAAAUAAGCAAAAUUAUUCUAAAUGGAUUUAUUUACCCAGGCCCGGCUACUUCGGUGAUUUUCUUGAGAUAUUCGGAAAUAUUCUUGAGCAAUUAUUUGUAUCGUAUUGUGGUGAAAUAAAUUUGAUUGUGAUGCACUGCACGAAUCUUAAAGAGCUUACAGUUCGACACUGUAUUUUCAACAGUAUUAACUUCGACCAGGACAGCUCAUUGGGUUUCGAGUCACUUGAGCAAUUAUCGAUUAUUUGGUCCACAAUCAGUCCGCACUUUAUUGAUAGAUGGAAGAUACCGCAAAAGCUUCAGCUGUUGGAUCUAUCAUACAGUCAUUUUCCGCCAGGAAGCUUGAAUGUUUUGAAAAAUUUAAAGUUUUUAAAUCUGAGAGGUAGUUCCGUAACAGAUGAGUGCUUUUCUUGUUUGGCCAACAACAACCCAGAUCUUGAAUAUUUGAAUAUUUCGGAUUGCAACCAGCUGUCUGCCAAAUCGAUUCAAUGCAUCGUCAAAUACAUGACCAAGCUAUCGUAUUUGAGCUGGAGCAGUCGGUAUUCAGAAGAACCAUACGAGAGCUCUACUGAGAGGCAAAAGAUCGUUCAAUUGCCACUGCUUAAGAAACUCGUGAUUAAAGAUUAUAACUAUGGAGGUGGUGAAAUCGAUUAUUUGCUACGAAGUUUAGCAAAAUCUGAUCAACUUGAACAACUGGAAUUGAAGAAUCAAAAAAUAGAUGACUUUGGUUUAAUUUGUAACCUAUCUAACCUUAAGGUUUUUAAGUAUGUAUACAGUGGAUUGUCGAUGGAAAAUUUUGAACUCGCAAAGUUAUGCGAUAAAGAAAAUUUUAUCGAAGUACACAUAUCGGGCCGUGACGUCAGCGAAAAACAGCUGCUUAAGUUUAUUUCAAAAAACCCAAAGUUGGAACAACUGCACGUGCGUAAUUUUCAUAUUCGACGCAAGGAUUUUAUUUUAUCUGUCUUGAAAACGUUAAAAAGGCAGUCUAAUAAUCAGGAAGGAGUGAACGCUGGGCUACAGAAAAAACGGUUGAAGAUUAAUGUUCAAUAUAUCUCCAUUCCAAAUGAUACCAUACAGAACUUGUUGGCGGGAUGUGACCAUCUGCUGAAACUGUCGUGCUUUGGAUAUGACUGUUCAUCAGAUGAAUGUUCUGUGUCUGAUGAAGAUGAACGAGCUUAUGCUUCCUAUAAUAAUUAUGAUUCAUCCGAAUGAGACUGAACAUUUUGUACAGAUAAGACGAGAAGAUUGAAUUACAAUGUGAAUUGGCGUAAAACAAAAACCACCGGAGAGAAACUACCUGAGUAAAGUUUGAUUACACUUUUACCAUAAUAAUACACUGAAUUUCUGAAUAAAAUCGUCCGUUAAUACA